CUCAAUUCCUCAAGGUGAGACCGUUCCCCACAUCCAACGGCCCCCACACUAAAACAUUAUUCUUCCUACAGACUCCGACAAUGGCCACCUUCUCCUCGACACCCAUCGUAAUUGAUGGCAAGGGUCACCUCCUUGGUCGAUUGGCCUCAAUCAUCUCCAAGCAGAUUCUCUCGGGACAGAAAAUCGUUGUCGUCAGAUGUGAGGAAAUCAACAUCUCUGGCAGCUUCUUCAGGAACAAGCUUCGUUACCACAACUUCCUGCACAAGCGCCACAUCGUGAACCCUAAAAAGUCAGGACCCUUCCAUCAUCGCGCACCGUCAAAAAUUCUUUACCGAGCCAUCCGUGGCAUGGUUCCCCACAAGAGCGCGCGGGGUGCUGCUGCUCUUGAGCGUCUCAAGCUUUUUGAAGGUGUCCCUCCACCUUAUGACAAGAAGAAGCGAAUGGUUGUACCGGAGGCAUUGCGGGUGCUAAGGCUGAAGCCUGGUCGCAAAUUCUGCACCGUCAAGCGUCUUUCUCACGAGGUUGGUUGGGGCUACAAGGAUGUUGUGGAUCGUCUUGAGGAGAAGAGAAAGAUCAAAGCACAGGCUUUCCAUGAACGCAAGCUUGCUGCUGUCAAAUUGCGCCAAAAGGCUGUCGCAGAUAAUGGGUCGUCAUUCGAGCAGCUUGUUCAGUUGGGGUAUUAGUGAUACAUCCACUAUUCUAUGCACUUGUACUCGAUUAGCGACUAUGCACUCUGUUAUGACAUGCCCAUAGAUUUAUAUCAUGAAAUCAAUAUCUAAAUGAAUAUUUAAUUG